AUGUCACCAGCAAUCGCUUCAUCCUCAACUACAAACAACACUAUUGAUACUGCUAACCAGAUAGAAGAAAAUACAAACAUUGUAAAGUCAAUGAAAGAAACUUCGGUGAUUAUUGCAUUUUGUGAAAAAUUUGGUUCGCUCUUGAAGGGAAUUGAAUUUUGGCCAGAGGAACUUGAGUAUGCACUCGCACAAGAAGCACAGAGUGAACUGGUAGAAAAGAUACAUUGUGCAUUUCUAACUAAUUGUUUAAAUCGAAAGAGACUCAUAGAAGGAAAUGCAUGGAAAAAAAUCUUGUCAGAAACUAUUGAUAAAAAAAUUAAAAUGAAUAAUCAAUUCUAUCAAAAUUAUAAUCCCUUACGACAAGUCAACGACUAUUAUGAACUUGAUGUUGAAGAUAAAUCUAAUGUAAUACGAGAAGCCAUUUUUCAAAUCGGAAGAAAGGUUCGCAAUAAUGAUAUUGAUGUUUUGCCAUUUGGCGAAGAUAAAAAAGGACGCGGAUACUAUUAUUUUGGAAAGGGUGCAAGAAUUUAUCGUGAAACCACCAUCAUAAACAAAAGUAAAAAUCAAAAAAAAAUUAUUUGGGAGCCAAUAACAACCACACUUGAAGAAUUAGAAAACUAUAUCAAUAAUUCAAACGAGUUAAAGGCUUCAGCGGGAAAAGACAAACAACUUCGAAAUAAAAUUAAUAAUGAACUUAUUCCAAAAAUAAAACAGGAUAUUGAAGCAAAAGAGAAGCUUAAUGCAAAAAGAAUUCGUAAAGAAAAAAACGCACAACGUUUAGCAGAUACACUUGCAAAUAUUGAAAUCAUAUCAAGCAGGACACGUAGUGGUGCUAGAAGGGCAGCAGGUCUUGAUAAUAACACAUCAAGUACACGAAAUGACGACAAUCAUGUUACGUCUUCGAGUCAUUACAUGACAAGAUCUAAAAGAGUAUAUGUUUCAAAUAACACCGAUAAUAACAUUAAUAAUAGUGUAAACGCAGUUUCAGUUGUAAUUAGUCCCGUCGAUACUAGUGAAAUAAUGACAGAACCCAUGAGUCGUUCGAUCUCUACAAGUUCCACCGCUUCCACAACUAGUAAUGGAUCAAAAGAAACAACAGGCACAGCAUCAUCUGUUCCCGAAUCCGUUAGCUCCAGAUAUAAGGAAAUAUUUGGAUCAGAAUCUGAAGUGGAACCCUCGGAACCCGAUGAAUAUGUAGUCUCUGAACCAGGAUCAAAUGACGAUGACGACGAAGACGAAGACACCGAAUCAGGCGAUUCAAGAAAAAACAAUAUAUUACCACCACCUGACAUAGAUUAUGCUACUCCUCCUAAAGAUAGUUUGAUUGAAGAUUUGAGGUUUGCACUUGAACAUGCCGAUGACUUAUAUGCUGAUGUAGCUUGGGAAUUCACGUUCACACUUGAUCAAACCAUUAUUUUUGCUCAUAAAGCAAUUUUAUAUGCAAGAAGUUCACGUUCAUUUCAAGAACGUUUUCUAAAAAAUAGAGAUUCAAAUGGAAUGUCCAUAAAAUCGGUCAGGUUGUCAAAUCUAGACUCCCUAAUUGACGCAAUAAUUGUUAAAACAGAUGCCGAUCCUAUUUUAUUUCAACAAGAAUUAAACUUUUUUUAUACUGGUGAGGAAGGUAGCGAGGAAUUUUUGGCAGCUGUAGACACAACAGAUGAAUUGGAACAGGAUAAAUUAAAGGAAGAUUUAAUAUACAUGUACAAAUCAAAAUUGUACACCGACAUUGAAAUAAUUUUGGAGUAUCCGCCACAAGAUAGCCUAGAAAUCAUAAGUGAAGAGGACGAAGAGCUAGAUUUAGUUAGAUCGGUGACUUUUAAAGCCCAUAAAUUCAUGUUAGCGGCAAGAUCUGAAUAUUUUAGGGAGAUUUUAAGCUCUUCAAAUCCUAUGGAUCCCAAGGCUGCUACCAUAUAUCUGGACACUUCAAUAUUCAGUCAAGCUGCUUUUAAUAUAAUACUUGAAUAUAUUUAUACCGGUAAUUUAGAAUAUUCAUUAACUUUAGAAACCUGUGAAUGGAUCUGGGUGGGUUCUUAUUAUUUAGGGAUAAAGAAUCUUUGCGAAGAUUGUAUUCAUAGAAUCGCAACAAGACUUCAUUAUUUCACAUGUACUUGUUCCGAAUGUCAAAUUGCUAUGCCCAGUGUUGCUGCUUUUGCAAAAGAAUACGAUGUUAAGAAAUUAUGGCAGGGUUGUUUACACGUUUUAACAAAAGGCUUUGAUAUUAUGUGGCCUCAUAAGAAUUUUGCUGAACUUGAUGGGAUAGUAAGGGAAGAGAUAUUGCUGGCACUUGUGACAAACAUUCAAAAUAGUGAUAUCAUGUCAAUAUUUAAAGGUUGUAGGAAAAUCAUAUCAACAAUGAAUGUCAAAAAUAUAACAGACUCCCCUUGGAUAGGGGUAGUGCGCAAAAUGACUAAACAAGUGAAAUCUUCUGCCAUAAAGGUAUUAGUAGAAAAUUUUGAACAGGUAUGUAAUGAGGGACAUGAAUUUUUGGAUUGUGUUGAUGGUGUUGGUUAUAGUCAUGGAUUUUUAGAGGACAUUAUGUCAGGUGUUGUACAUGAAGGCUUGAAUGAACAGAAUUCUGCUAAAGUACUUAAAAGCAUAUCAAGUAAAUUAUUAACUAGACCUGCUGUUAUUAAUGCAAAAAGUAUUGAGACAAAAAGAAUAUUGGUUGAAUCAAAACAAUAUGUGUUUGAAUACAUGAAAAGACAUUGUUUGAAUAUAAGACAAAAUGGUGGUUUUAAAUUGUUAAACUCUUGGCUGCUAGAAGAAUUUUCACACAGUCUUGGCGUUAGUACUCAAGAACUACUGACAGUCGCCAAUCCAUCACAAACACACCAUAAUUUAAAGAACCGAAUAUCGCCUAGACCAAGUUUAUCAACUAUAUUAACAGAAGAUUCAUCAGAAACAUCAAAAGAUUCAAAUCCAAUAACAGAACCUUUUGCAGAACCUUUUACAGAAUUCUCACCAAUAGUUAUAACAAAAGAAGUUUCAAUAGAAAUUUCAAUAACGACAACAGAAGAUUCACCACCACCACCAUUAACAUCACUACCAUCACUACCAUCACCGCCACCACCACCACCGCCACCACCAUUACCAUCACCGCGGUCAUUACCAUCACUACCAUCACCACCAUCCCUACUAUCGCCGCCACCAUCACCACCAUCACCACCUACAAGAACAACUGAUGCUACCACUACAACAAAAACAAAAACAGAAAUUUCGCCAAUAAUAAUAACUUCACCAAUAACGGGCGUUUUAUCAACAACACCAGACGACGAUCUAUCAAUAAUAACAAAUGAAGAAAUCAAUGAAAUAUUUGAAAGAUCUGCAAUUAGUUUACAAGAAACUAACAACUCAACAAUUGGUAGUGCAACUUCUUCGACACUUUUUCCGCGCCCAACUCGUGCUAGUAUAUUACGACAAAAAGCAUUAGAGGAUGCAAAAAAUCCUAUAAAACCCAGACCAAAAUCAACACCUAAACAAAAAUCAUUAUCACUAUUAACAACAAUCCCGACAAAAACAUCACCAAUUAGUUCAAAUAAGUCAAUAAAUGGUCCAUCUAUCAGAUCAUCUAAAUCAACUUCAAAUCUCAAAGUUCCUAAUGGGUCAAGCUCAUCAAGAACAUCAAGAGGGCGCUCUCCCAACAAAAAAAGAGUAAGGCAAACAAGGUCUAGCAUAUUACGACAAAUGAAAUAUGAUAAUACAGAUCAAAAACGUGGACGUGAUAGAGAACGCAGCGGUAUCUCACCAAACUCAUCAAGAGCAAAUUCUAUAGUAUCUGUAUCAUCGGUCACAAGCAACGCAACAACAACAUCAUCACAUCAUCAACGUAGAAAGCGAUCGCCAUCACGAAAUUCACAAGCAGCAUCCAUUGUCUCACCAUUUUCGGGUAAUUUAGUUACCAGUAUACAACCCAAGCCAUUUCAAAUCAAGUUUGCCACAUCUCUCAAUCCUGAUAUUUCGAUUGGUAGGCGUGUUAUAAUUCCAACCAAGGGUAAUGCAUCCGGUACCAUACAAUUUUUGGGUGAGACUGAAUUUGCCAAAGGUAUUUGGGUUGGAGUAGAAUUGGAUGAUUCUGGUAAGUUGCUUGUCAUUAUUGAAUGA